UAGCUGUUGGGCUGAACUCAGCCGCGGGACGAGCCUGGCUGCCAAACUCCUGCGAGGGUAGCGUGGAUAUUCAAGGACAUUCUAACGUUACCAUAGUUAAUUUCACAUUUCUUUCGAUUAAGGAAAUCCUGUGUGCGGUUCUCCGGCGCAAAGAUGUGGCCAGAUUUUGUAAACCAACAGAAACGGAGGUUGAUAUCAUGUAGCUAACACACUCCCGGGCUGAUAAUGUUUCUCUGCGUGUCGUCUUUACAUGUCCUGCCCGCACCCCUUCUUCUGCUGAAGGGCCAAAUAAACGUAAAGGAAACCAGCGGCUGACUUUCGAUGCGUUCAUCUCAAUUAUGGCAUCGCUUCCAGACCUCGCCGAGUCGGCGGCUGCUUUGUGCUGAAGAAAAACCAGAUUACUGGAACCAUCAAUGUGGACUUCAGCUGGCAAUUUGACACGUCACAUAUAGGAGCCCGCGGGAGUCUCUCCUGUCCCCUCUCCCCCUCCCUUCUUCUCCCUCAUCCCCCUUUUCCCCUUCUCAAGAUUCAUCAUGCUUAUCAAGGAGUAUCGCAUCCCCAUGCCCAUGAGUGUGGAGGAGUACCGCAUCGCCCAGCUCUAUAUGAUCCAGAAAAAGAGCAGAGAAGAGAGCUGCGGUGAAGGCAGUGGUGUGGAGAUUCUAGAGAAUAAACCCUACACAGAUGGACCAGGUGGGACAGGCCAGUACACCCACAAGGUCUACCACAUUGGCAUGCAUAUUCCCAGCUGGUUUCGCUCCAUCUUGCCCAAAGCAGCACUGAGAGUUGAAGAGGAGUCCUGGAACGCCUACCCUUACACCCGCACCAGAUACACCUGUCCCUUUGUUGAGAAGUUCUCCAUUGACAUUGAGACCUACUACCAAUCCGACACAGGCAACCAGGCAGAUGUCUUCAACAUGUCUGCAGUAGAGAAGAGGCAGAGGGCCAUUGACCCAAUUGACAUAGUGACAGAUCCCAUCCCCCCUCAUGAGUACAAAGCAGAGGAAGACCCAAGGCUCUACAAGUCAGUCAAGACCCAGAGGGGUCCUCUGCAGGACGACUGGAUAGAAGGGUACAAGAAUAACCCACGGAAGACCCCAAUCAUGUGUGCUUAUAAACUGUGCAAAGUGGAGUUUCGCUAUUGGGGCAUGCAGUCGAAGAUUGAACGCUUCAUUCAUGAUGUUGGACUGAGAAAGGUUAUGGUGCGUGCCCACCGGCAGGCCUGGUGCUGGCAGGAUGAGUGGUGUGGUUUGACCAUGGAGGACAUCAGGCAGCUGGAGCUGGAAACCCAGCUGGCCCUGGCCAGGAAGAUGGCCCAGUUCAGCCAGGCGGAUGAGGCCACGGAGGCCAAUGAAGGGGCUCCAUCUCCAGACAAAGACCAGGAGGCGAAAGAGGCCAUCAUCUCCAUUGAAGCUGAGGAGGUGGUUGUCAGCUCAGCUGGAGAGACUCUUCAGCCACGAGGCGUACUCACCAAGCAGUGGUCCACCUCCUCCAGAUCAUCCCGCUCAUCCAAGAGAGGAGUGAGCCCUUCACGUCACAGCAUCUCAGAGUGGAGGAUGCAGAGCAUAGCACGAGAUUCAGAUGACAGCUCAGACGAGGAGUUCUUUGAUGCUCAUGAGGAAUUCUCAGACAGCGAGGAGGUCCUCCCUAAGGAAUUUGCCAAGUGGAACUCCACUGACCUCAUGGACGAGAUUGAAGCUGUAGACACAGAGGAAAGUCCUGUUGAGCUCUUCAAGGAGAUGACUGUGGAUUAUGAAAGAGCAACCAGUGAAGAAAGACUAGAUGAGGAGAGUUCAUCCCAGCAAUGUCUGCAGUCUUCCAAGAUCCAUGUGCUGAUCUUGGUUCUUCACGGAGGAAACAUCCUGGACACAGGCGGAGGGGACCAGAGCAGCAAGCAGGCUGACGUCAACACAAUUAGUUUGUCUUUUGACACAGUCAUGCGCGUUCACUACCCUGCUGCGUUGGGACACAUCGCUAUCCGCUUGGUACCAUGCCCUGCCAUCUGUGCUGACGCCUUCUCCCUGGUUUCUAACCUGAGCCCUUAUAGCUAUGACAAGGGUUGUUUAUCCAGCAGCCAAGACCACAUUCCACUGGCAGCUCUGCCCCUCCUGGCCACCUCUGCUCCACAGUACCAGGAGGCUGUGGCCACCGUCAUUGUCAGAGCCAAUCAGGUGUAUGCAGAGUUCAUAAAAUCUCUGGAUGGAGAAGCCUUCUCCGGCCAGGUCUGCCUCAUUGGGGACUGUGUUGGAGGAAUCAUGGGGUUUGAUGCUCUGUGCAGUAGCAAUCAGACUGUAAAUGAAAGCCAGAACAGCAGUCGCAGGGGCAGUGUCGUCAGCACACAGGACCAAGACCUCCUCUCUCCCGGCAUUAUUAUCAAUAGUGCCUCUCCUACCCUGGAGGGCAGCCGCCACCUCAGUCGCAGCAACAUCGACAUCCCUCGUGCCAGUGCAGGUGAUGACGCCAAGAGACAAAUGCCACGCAAGAGAAGUGACUCCUCCACCUAUGAACUGGACACAAUAAAACACCACCAGGCUUUCCUGUCCAGCUUACACUCAAGUGUCCUGCGGAACGAUGCAGCCUCACGCAGGUCGAGCAGCAGCACUAUGCUGGAUGGAAGCUCCCUAGGGAAGUUUGACUUUGAGGUGUCCGACUUUUUCCUGUUUGGCUCUCCUCUGGGCUUGGUGCUUGCCCUUAGAAAGACUGUCAUCCCCAUGCUAGAUGUGGCCCAGCUGCGGCCUGCCUGUCAGCAGGUCUACAACCUGUUCCACCCAGCUGAUCCCUCAGCUUCUCGCCUGGAGCCUCUACUGGAGAGGAAAUUUCACCUUCUGCCUCCAUUCAAUGUGCCCCGUUACCAACGCUUUCCCCUGGGAGAUGGAAACUCUGCCCUACUGGUGGAGACAGUCCAGAGCAACGCUCAGCUGCUACUUGACAGUGGGCCUCCUCUGUCCCUUCGUUGUCAGGAGACCAUCAGUGAGACCUGCAUCCCUGUGCCUGUGCAAACUCCAUCUCCCUCCCCCAUCACUGUGAGUUCCCCUUACCUGUGUCUCUGUCUAAUGGGAUCUCCUUGUUUCGGCUCAAUAGCGGAUAUUGUUCAGUCUCAUGGUGGUGUCUUCAUGGACAGUUCUUACCCUUCAUCCCCCAUAACCGGCCCCCUCUCCCGGGGCCAGCGGAGGGCCAGUGAGGUCAGCAUUGCCAGCCAGGUCUCAGGAAUGGCAGACAGUUACACUGCCACCAACAUAGCCAACAUUGCAGCACGUUGGUGGGGCACAAAGCGGCUGGACUUUGCCCUGUACUGCCCCGAUGCUCUGACCGCUUUCCCCACAGUGGCUUUACCACACCUCUUCCACGCAUCAUACUGGGAAUCCACUGAUGUUGUGUCUUUUCUCCUGAGACAGGUCAUGAGGCAUGAAAACUCCAGCAUCCUGGAACUCAACGGGAAGGAAGUAUCUGAAUUCACCCCAUCCAAACCUCGAGAGAAGUGGCUCCGCAAGAGGACUCAUGUGAAGAUCAGGAAUGUGACUGCCAACCACCGGGUGAAUGAUGCUGUGUUUACUGAAGACAGCCAGCAGGUUGUGACCGGUCGCUUCAUGUACGGCCCCCUAGACAUGGUCACUUUAGCUGGGGAGAAGGUUGACCUGCACAUCAUGACCCAGCCCCCAUCAGGAGAAUGGGUGUACUUCAACACAGAGGUGACAAACAGCAGUGGCCGUGUGUCUUUUGUCAUCCCAGAGGAUAAGCGUCUGGGCAUCGGAGUCUACCCAGUGAAAAUGGUUGUCAGGGGUGACCACACGUUUGCAGACAGCUACCUGACAGUUAUUCCACGAGGCACAGAGUUUGUGGUAUUCAGCAUUGACGGGUCUUUUGCUGCCAGUGUCUCAAUCAUGGGCAGUGAUCCCAAAGUGCGGGCAGGAGCUGUGGACGUUGUCAGGCACUGGCAGGAUUUAGGCUAUUUGAUCAUCUAUGUGACAGGACGUCCAGACAUGCAGAAGCAGCGGGUGGUGGCUUGGUUGUCUCAGCACAACUUCCCUCAUGGCAUUGUCUCCUUCUGUGAUGGCUUGGUCCAUGACCCACUCAGACACAAGGCCAACUUCCUCAAGUCCCUGACAGAGGCUCACAUGAAGAUUUUUGCGGGCUAUGGAUCGACCAAAGACAUCUCAGUCUAUACCGCCAUUGGCCUCCCUCCCUCCCAAAUAUACAUCGUCGGAAGACCCUCCAAGAAGAUGCAGCACCAGUGCCAGUUCAUCACAGAGGGAUACGCAGCUCAUCUGUCCCAGUUGGAAUACAAUCACCGUUCUCGGCCAGCCAAAUCCAGCAGCGCACGCAUGGUGCUACGUAAAGGCAGCUUUGGCUUGGGCGCAAACAGCGAAUUCCUGAGGAAGAGGAACCACCUGCUGCGCACCAUCUCCUCCCAGCCAGCCCCCAGCUCACCAACAGGCAACAUCCACAACAGACCAGAGCGCACACAGAGCCAAUCAGACAGCGAGCGGCUGGAGCGGGAGCGACGCAGCAUGAGCAUCACAGCGAGCUGCUGGGGCCGCAGCAGCAGCACCAAGCUGGAACCAGGAAUGCUAAGCCCGAAAUGAGAUUAAAAAGACUAAACGAGAGUGACUUACAGAUCCGGUGCUGAGGAAGAGACGUGUGGCAUAAAGAUAAACACGAAGCGUGACAAAAAGGUGGUUUGCACUAGUUGGGUAAAUACCACAAGGAAAAUAAUAGGUGCUAUAAACCACUCUUUGUAAAACUAAUGCCACUUUCACUUACCACAAAUAUUUAUGGACAGAGACUUUGGCUAUAUUUAUUAUAAAACAUACAAAACUCAGCAGACAUUUUAAGAAGCAUCUUCCUAAGGCGGGAACGUACACACAAACAUACACCGCCAACAAUGUAGGAAUCCAGACUGUUUGUACUGUUUAAUAAAUAUUUAUCAGUCUUUAAUACAAGGUCAGCUUUCCUCUUCCAACAGGCUUUUAGAUUGAAGAUGGUUGCACAGGAACCACCCCCAGCAGUGGUUAUAGGCAGCUUGUCCACAUUCUGGUACCUACUGUGGCCACUGCCAGCACAACAAUUACCACAGAGAUUAACUUUGUGAAUAACCAUUUUAAAGCCACAGUAUCUCCUUUUUAUGCGAUAAUCUGACUUGUUCUAGUCUGAGAGCAGAGCUGGGAAUCAAGUCAAACUGGACUGAAUGUGUUGCUUUUCUGGGUGUGACUACACACAAACGUUCAGCCAAAAUUCACCUUAAGAAAAUCAUCGUCAUUUAUCAACAAUACAGAACACUGUUUGGGUGACACAGUUUGAUCCAGAGCUGCUACUGGUUGCACAUACUUAAAGAAUAAGAGAAUGACUUAAUAAUGCUUCACCAAACCAUGCAGUCCAGUUGUGCUUGUUACUAGUUGUCCAUCAGACCAAAGAACCAUCCAAAUAUCACAUUAAACAAACUGCGAAAUUGCCCUUUAAACUAUGGUUGCAGCUGCAACUCUUCCUGAGUUUUCUAGCAUUUCACCACAUCUCGCCAUACUGCGCUGCUGUACCUUCCUCAUGAGUAAUGCGUGAAUCCGCUAUAGGGAAAACUACUGCCGCCUGGGUACUGUGCCAAAGUAAACUGUCUAGAACGAGACGCUGUAUGUGAACAGAGGAGACGUGACAGUUUCUGGUGUAAAAUGAAUAGACUGUGUAAGUAGUUGAAUGACUUAUAAAGGCAUGUACAUAGCUGUUACAGUGCAGAUCUGGUAUCUGGUCCACUUAAGACCAGUUUUAAGUGUCUUCUUUACUCUGGGGGUAAACACCACCUCAUUCAGGAUACACUUUGACUGAUGAUGAUAAUUAUUGUUAUUUAACAUUAUAGAUAUUUUAAAAUAUAUUGAUUUUGUGAACAAAAUGUGUUUUUAAGAUUGACAGUUUUUUUUUUCUCUUUCUUCAGAGUUGAGUUGCAGUAGCCAAAAUUGAAAAGGUCGUUGCCUGGCACAGUAUUGUAUGUUUAGCAUUUUAUCAUGCAGAUUACCAGAACUGUAUCAACAGAACAGCUAUCUUGUGUCACAUAUUGUAAGUAUGUUAUUGUCUAUUUUGGAAGUUUGGGAUAUGGCUUCUCUUUGUUUU